AUGCCUCACGCCGACUCGUCCUAUUUCUAUGGCCAGACCAAGGCCGAGGUCUACUCCCAGCUAUUGGAGCAAGCGCAAGGUCUGCUCGACGGACAGCGGAAUUGGCAACCCGGAAUUGACCGCCCUCUAGCAAUCUGGCCAACAUCUCUUCCCUUCUCUGGCACGCCUAUGCCGCUCUCCCCUCCCCCUCUUCGGCUGUCAACUGGGCCGGCUUCUACAUUCGCGAUGACAAAUUCCCCGCUCUCGCCUCGCCGGUCUCGUCCCCCCCCGCUUCCCGGUGCACAGGGCCUUGGUGUAACCAUCUCGACUACGUAUGCAUCCCCCGAGGAUCAGGUCUUGCUUCUCGGCCCAUUCCACGGCAAGCCCGCUUGCCAGCAGAUUCGCUUUGGGAAGGGUGUGUGCGGGACGGCUGCCGCUAGCCAGAAGACUGUCGUGGUGCCUGAUGUGCUGCAAUUCCCGGGCCACAUCGCAUGCGAUGCGGACAGUCGGAGUGAGAUCGUAGUGCCUAUUGUCAUUCGGGGAGAGACCGUCGCCAUCAUCGACAUUGACUGCACCCUCCCUUCGGGCUUCGAUGACGAAGAUCAGAAAUACCUCGAGAAGCUUGCCGAGCUUCUCGCCGAGAGCUGCGAUUGGUGA